AACAUGCACCUGUCACAUCACCUGAGAAUCUUUGGGGGUACACUAGGAGUGGGAGUGGCCUUGUGGUUGACACAGAAAGAAAAUGUUGUGUAUGCAGCCUGGACGACGAACUUUGAACCAAGUGUGAAAUGGGAUCAUAAUUGGGACAGGAGAGGGGUAGAAAACUUCUCUUCUCUUUCGCUGACUUCGGACUUCGUUGCUGACUUGGACACCUCGGGAUACAGGAAACCUACAGCUACCCGCCACCUCCUCCUAAUCCGACACGGGCAGACGACAAUAGAAAAAGACGAUACCAAGAGAGUGUUAACAAAGCUUGGUCAAACUCAGGCUGAAUUCUGUGGAAGGAGACUGAAGGCUCUAAACUUUCCAGUCACGACACUGACAUCCUCUACACUGACCAGGGCGGUGAGGACGGCGGAUAUAAUUCACCGGUACCUCCCGGGGGUACCGCGGCAGGAGGACCCGUUAUUGUGUGAGGGACUUCCAAUCCCACCAGAGCCGGCGAUAGGGAAGUGGAGGCCGGAAAAGAAGUUUUAUGAUGAAGGAAUUCGCUUGGAGGCUGCGUUCAGGAAAUAUUUUUACCGAGCUGAUCCCACACAAAUGUCAGACAGUUACGAAAUCCUCGUCUGUCACGCUAAUAUUAUUCGUUACUUCGUCUGCAGAGCUGUACAGCUACCUCCGGAGGCGUGGCUUCGUUUGGGUCUGAAUCACGCCAGCAUCACGUGGGUCAGAAUCCGACCCUCGGGACGGGUCACAUUAUUACAGUACGGAGACUCCGGGUUUAUUCCCGCUGAACAAGUAUCGUACAUCUAAAAACAAUCCACUCAUUUAUAUAGAAUACACAGGAAAAAACCUUGUGAAUUUAGCGAAAACAUAUACAAUGAAAAAGACGGGCCGGGGCGUAUUUGGAGUGUAAACAAGGAAAUGGUGUGUUCAAACGACACUGAAGCAGCGCAUUUAUGUUUAUGAACCAAAACACAUACAGCAUCGAAAAAUUUUUAUUUCCAAUAAUACUGGAACUUAAUAUAUCAACAGAAGGCUGGAAUGUCAAGUUUUGGACCAACAGAAUUUUCAUUUUUCCUGCGCACUCAAUUAGAUUUUUCGCAAUAUACUAGCUAUUGUUUUUGUUCUUCUUUGCUCAUGUAUAUUAUUGUAAAUUGUAAACCUUUGUAAAUAAUUAAAUAUUGCAUGGCUAUUGAGAUUUUAUGUAUGGGAGAGGACUAUCCAAGUUUUUGGAACUUGUGUCCAAUCCUUUUGAUAUAUUGUCAAUAAAAUAUGUUCAAAACAUCCGCAGAAUCCAAAUCAA